GCAAGCGAAGUCAAAAUGAGUGCACCCUCCUCCCAAAAAGUGGUCCUGAAAAGCACCACCAAGGUGUCCCUGAAUGAGCGGUGAGGCGCCACGCACCCUGUCAGCAGUUACACACCAGAUGCAAGGGCCAGCCUUGGCUUGUGAAGGUUCUAGUGCUCCCUACGGAAGGCUACUGUCGGGGACCGGACCCGACAUGGAGGCUAUUCUAACUGUCCCCUGUGUGUGCACUGCUCACUCAACCAUGUUGGUCCUGUCAAUAUUUCUUGGGGCAGAUGUGAUAUUAACUUAUACUAGUUAAGGAGCACACAGUGCUGGCCCAGGCCUAAUAUCUUUAGUAAGCAGUGCACACCUCUAGACAAGGGGAGAGGGUAAAGGUCAUACUGGGUAAGCCUAGGUUAUCCUAUGCAGGACCAGGCCGCUGUCCUACAAAUGCCCUGGCACUCAUGCCUCCUGUUACCUUAAACAGCACAGUAUGCGUCAAGUAUACGGCACCCCUAUAAAGGGGGGAGGAAGGCUUGAGCUAAACGAGGAAGAUGGGGCCCCACCUUUCUGCCUCUCUCAAACCAGUGGAAGUGAAGCACAUGCUCCUUUCUUCCCCUCUUCUCUCAUUCUUUCUCCUCUCCACUAAGUCUAUCAAAGACCUGGUACUCGGUCCUAGCUUGGACGUGACAAGAGCUCCUAUGUCCCCUUCCCUCCUGAGUCUCUCAGUGGUUUGUACCACACGUCACGGUCCAUGCUGUAAGUGGCUGGGUGGCCAGGCACUCCUCAUGUCCGAGGCCUCUCCUGCUGCAGCACGAUGACCCCCCCAGCUGGGCAGCUGGAGGCCUGUAAGUGGCAAAACGCAUUCUUCUUCUGGUACCUUCUCUCUGCUACUGUUCUCCAGUCUCUUUGCACUCUUCACUAACAUGCUGAAGAACAAGCAGCCUGCUGCUGUUAGCAUUCGAGCCACCAUGCAACAGCAACAUUUGGCCAGUGCCCGCAACCGCCGGCUGGCCCAGCAGAUGGAGAACCGGCCCUCAGUGCAAGCUGCUCUCAAUCACAAGCAGAGCCUGAAGCAGCGCCUGGGGAAGAGCAACAUCCAGGCCAGGCUGGGCCGGCCUGUGGGGGCUCUGAUGCGGGGAGGAGCUCCUGGAAGCAGAGGAGGGAUGAGAGGGAUGAACAGGGGAGGCCUUCGAGGACGAGCAAGAGGAGGAAUAAUGAGAGGUGCCUUGUCCCUGAGAGGGAAGAGAGUGGCUUCUACAGGCGGGCCCAUGCGAGGUCGUGGCUCUGCGGGGCGCCUGGCGAUGCGCAGAGCAGGCCGUAACCGUGGAGGACCUGUAGGCAGAGGAGGAGCUCUGUCCCGAGGAGCUGCACGAGGAGCUGCACGAGGAGGAGUUGCCAGAGGCCGCGGUGGCCUGCGAGGGCGCGGUGGCUUUGCCGGUCGAGGUGGGCGCGGGCGGGGUCGAGGAGUAGACCGGCAGUCUGUGACCCGGGAACAACUGGACAACCAGCUGGACGCCUACAUGUCAAAAACCAAAGGUCACCUGGACGCUGAGCUGGACGCCUACAUGGCGCAGGCAGACCCCGACAGCAUGGAGUAACGGCGCAGACACAUGGAGAGCCACUGCACAACAGCUGAACUCACACGAGUGUAGGCCGGGCUGAGAAAUGAUUGUGUUUGUAAUUUAGAGGAGAGUGGUGACUUUGGAACAGCAAGAGAUCAAGGUUUCACUUGAAUGUGCUUCGACCACUGCUCAAUUCUGCAUCAACCUGCUCCUGCAAACCCCCUGUAAAUCUGGAAUAACUUUGUGAAGGGACCUUUCUAAACAUUAACAAAACCCUGCUGUCAAUAGAAGUGUUUUUUUAUUCUUUUUUCUUUUUUUAAAUAUGACCUGAAAAACACUUAAGACAUUUGGGACAGAUCUCUGUAACGCUCCGUUCUCCAGGCGAUGUCUUUAACCUUCUUUGGAAAUCUAUUUUGAAUGACGCCUGUUUAUUUUGUACUCUUCUUUUAAAUGUGAUUUUAGCGUUAGUGUGCUCAGACCUUUGGGGAUUGAUUCAUUUGCUUAUCUUGGAAAUGUUUGCAAUGCAACAAUUUUCUAAAUUAUUUGUUAAAAGAAUGUAAGCAAAGAGUUCAAAGCCAAGUAUCCAUUUGUUAUUGUUUUGUAUUUAAAAGAUGUACACUUUUUUUGUUCCUCUGUAUCUUCCAGCUGUCGGCAUUCUUCAGUACGCCGCUGACAUCCUUAACCUGUACUUGAGAGCAUUUGUAUGACUUUAUCCAAAGCAAGUAAAAUAGGUUUUAAUUCAAAUGGAAUUGGUUUCCCUAAUUGAGUCCAUCGUAUACAUUUGAAUGGGGUAUAAUUGUUGCCAGCAGAAUAAAAAAAGUACGAAGGGAUAAGACAA